GCGGCGGCCCAGAGCUGCCUCCCCACACCCGCCGUCCCGCUGGGACCCGACGCCCUGGCGAUCGGAGGGGGGGGAGAGGCUCGCGGCUCCCCCCCCCAAGACGCCCUCCUUUGGGUUGCAACCGGGCCCGGCCCCGGGCGAUGGCCGCGGAGCUGGCGAUGGGCGCCGAGCUGCCCAGUAGCCCGCUGGCCAUCGAGUACGUCAACGACUUCGACCUGAUGAAGUUCGAGGUGAAGAAGGAGCCACCGGAGGCCGAACGCUUCUGCCACCGCCUGCCGCCCGGCUCGCUGUCCUCGACGCCGCUCAGCACGCCCUGCUCCUCCGUGCCCUCCUCGCCCAGCUUCUGCGCGCCCAGCCCGGGCACCGGCGGCGGCGGCGGCGGCGCGGGGGGUGGUGUCGGCGCGGCGCAGGCCGGGAGCGCCCCGGGGCCGACGAGCGGCGGCCCCGGCGCCGUCGGAGGCGCCUCGGGGAAGCCGGCCCUGGAGGAUCUGUACUGGAUGAGCGGCUAUCAGCACCACCUGAACCCCGAGGCGCUCAACCUGACGCCCGAGGACGCGGUGGAGGCGCUCAUCGGCAGCGGCCACCACGUCGGGCAUCACGGCGCGCACCACCCGGCGACCGCCACGGCCUACGAGGCCUUCCGGGGCCAGGGCUUCGCGGGCGGCGGCGGCGGCGCGGACGACGUGGGCGCCGGCCACCACCACGGCGCGCAUCACACCAGCCACCACCACCACCACGCGGCUCACCACCACCACCACCACCACCACCACCACCACCACGGUGGCCCGGGCCCCGGCGCGGGCGGCACAGGCCACCACGUGCGCCUGGAGGAGCGCUUCUCCGACGACCAGCUGGUGUCCAUGUCGGUGCGCGAGCUGAACCGUCAGCUCCGCGGCUUCAGCAAGGAGGAGGUCAUCCGGCUGAAGCAGAAGCGGCGCACGCUCAAGAACCGCGGCUACGCGCAGUCGUGCCGCUUCAAGCGGGUGCAGCAGCGGCACAUUCUGGAGAGCGAGAAGUGCCAGCUCCAGAGCCAGGUGGAGCAGCUGAAGCUGGAGGUGGGGCGCCUGGCCAAGGAGCGGGACCUGUACAAGGAGAAAUACGAGAAGCUGGCGGGCCGCAGUGGCCCCGGGGGCGCGGGCGGGACCGGCUUCCCGCGGGAGUCCUCGCCGCCGCAGGCCGGCCCCGGCGGGGCCAAGGGCGCGCCCGACUUCUUCCUGUGAGCUCCAGGCCCGAGACCGCGCCCCGCGCCGCCGCCGGGAAGAGGCUCGGACUCCGAGGCCCAGGACGAGGACGCAAGGCCGUCCCGAGCCAACGCCGCCGUCUCCGGCCGGGCCAGCGCCGGGCGCCCGGCUCCGCGUCC